AGCCGUCCGCGGUGCUGUGUCCAGUGGGUGCAGCGGCUGCGCGGCUGGCCGCUCUUUCCUCCUCGGGGUCAUUUGUUCGCAGGGCAGCAUGCAGGAACAAGACGCCGCCUGCCCACACGGCUUCCUGCCCACAUUCCAGCAUUUCGCCACGCAGGCCAUCCACGUGGGCCAGGAGCCCGAGCAGUGGACCUCCCGGGCGGUGGUGCCCCCCAUCUUCCUGUCCACCACGUUCAAGUAUGAGGCGCCGGGCCGGCACGCGGGAUUUGUGUAUAGCCGUGAUGGAAAUCCCACUAGAAAUAUCUUGGAAAAAGUUGUUGCAGCGCUGGAUGGAGCUAAGUACAGUUUGGCCUUUUCUUCAGGUUCAGCUGCCUCCAUGACAAUUACGCAUCUUUUAAAAGCAGGAGACCAUAUUAUCUGCAUGGAUGAUGUGUAUGGAGGUACGAAUGAGUACUUCAGGAAGGUGGCUGUUAAAUUUGGAUUGAAGAUUUCUUUUGUGGAUUGCUCUAAAACCAAAUUGCUAGAAGCAGCCAUUACACCAGAAACCAAGCUUGUUUGGGUUGAAACCCCUACAAAUCCUGGCUUGAAAAUAAUUGACAUUGAAGCAUGUGCACACAUUGUUCAUAAACAUGGAGACAUUAUUUUGGUCGUGGAUAACACUUUCAUGUCAGCAUAUUUCCAGCGACCGCUGGCUCUGGGAGCUGACAUUUGUAUGUAUUCUGCCACAAAAUACAUGAACGGCCACACUGAUGUCGUCAUGGGCUUACUGUCUACUAAUUCUGAAGACCUCCACAAUAGGCUUCGUUUCUUGCAGAUCUCCAUUGGAGCAGUUCCGUCCCCUAUGGACUGUUAUCUCUGCAAUCGAGGUCUGAAAACUCUGCAGAUCCGAAUGGAGAAGCACUUCAAGAAUGGAAUGGCAGUUGCCCAGUUCCUGGAGUCUCACCCCCUGGUAGAAAAGGUCAUUUACCCUGGGCUGCCCUCUCACCCGCAGCACGAGCUGGUCAAGCGCCAGUGCACGGGCUGUCCUGGGAUGAUCACCUUCUACAUCAAGGGCGCUCUGCAGCAGGCCGAGGCUUUCCUCCAGAACCUGAAGUUAUUUACUCUGGCUGAAAGCUUGGGAGGAUUUGAAAGUCUUGCUGAGCUUCCGGCAAUGAUGACCCAUGCAUCAGUGCCUGAGAAUGACAGAGCCUCCCUUGGAAUCAGCGACACACUGAUUCGCCUCUCUGUGGGCUUGGAGGAUGAAAGCGACCUGCUGGAAGACCUAGACCAAGCUUUGAAGGCAGCACACCCCUGAGGUGGAAGCCAUGGCAGCAGCCUGAGUGCCGGUGAAGCUGCUUCCUGAGGAGACCAGGUCUGGAUAGCCGCGGGGCCACUGGCGAGCCUCUGCAGAGUGUGCCAGGGAAGACUGAAGGACAUGAUGACCUUGCACAGCCAUAGCCUUCUGGGGAUCUUUCCUGUUAAAAACCACUUUCUGUGUCUUGAAAGAUGGUUCAGUGGUUAAAAGCAUUUGCUUACAAAGACCACCAUCUCAGGUUCAUUUCCCAAGCCACUCCGAUAAGCCAGACCAAAAAAAACCCAGCUACAUAUGUCUAGUGUUGGGUUGCAAUGGCACAAGGCCCUGGUAUGCCCACCCCCCCCACACACACAUCUGCAAAUAAAUAAAUAAUUUAAAAAGUUACUGUCUCUCUAUAACUGACAUGUCAUUUCUGCUAAAAUUGGUAAUUUUGCUAUAUAUUUGCCUCUGAGGAGGUGAUAUUUGUGUUGCUUGGGGGGGGAUCAUAUCUUUUUUUAAUAGAUUUAGAUUUAUUUUCAUCAUGUUAAUAAUACUAACUCAAUUUUGAAGGUUUGAGAAAAAAAUAAGUCAUUAAAUGAAUUUUGUUAAA